CUGUAAACAAAUAAUCGGCAAACGAAAGAAGUUGAAGAAUUUAAGAAAAUUGAAUUACAAUUGAAUUAAAAAGAAAUUUAAUUACAAAUACGAUUAAUUAUGGCUGCAGUUGAAAAGCCUCAACCAAUGGAUGUCGAUCCAAAGAAAACUGAAGAAAAGGUCGAGGAGAAAACAACUGAAUUGUCUGAUGAAGAUGAACAACUUCAAUCAGAACUCAAUAUGUUGGUUGAACGACUAAACGAAGAGAAAAUCGAACUUUAUUUACCAGCUCUAGAGACCAUGGCUCAGCUGAUUCGAGCAUCAACAACAUCAAUGACGUCCGUUCCAAAACCAUUGAAGUUUAUGCGUCCACAUUACGAUACUAUGAAAGAGAUUCACAAGAAGAUGCAAACUUCUAAUCAAGAUAAAGCAGUGUUGAAAUUAUGCGCUGAAAUUAUUUCCGUACUAGCAAUGACAAUGGGAACAGGAAAAGAUUGUCUUGUAUAUCGAUUGUUGUGUGAUGAAAAAGUCAAGUCAUCAAUUGGUGAUUGGGGUCAUGAAUAUGUUCGUCAUUUGUCAGGUGAAAUUGCUAGCAAUUGGCCAGAAGCAUCUGAUACAUUUCGUGCGACUCUUAUCGAACUGGUUCAGCAAAUCGUUCCUUACAACAUGGCACAUAAUGCUGAAGCCGAAGCUUGUGAUUUGCUUAUGGAAGUUGAAAAGCUUGAAUUACUCGAACAAUACGUCGAUGAAAGCGCUUAUCCUCGUGUAUGUUUGUAUCUUCAGAGUUGUGUUCCCUACGUUCCAGAUCCAGAGAAUGUCAGCAUAUUAAAAUGUGCAUUGAAUUUGUCUCGAAAAUUUAAGCAGUACACACAAGCAAUGCGACUUGCUUUGUCUUUAAAUGACAAGAAAAUCAUCGAAGAAAUCUUCCUUGCAUGUCCAGAUUUAGGAACACAAAAGCAACUUGCGUUUAUGUUGGGUCGUCAGCAAGUUUUCUUAGAACUCCCCGAAGGUUCAAAUGACAACGAAGAACUUGUCGACAUCAUGUCCAAUUCUCAUUUGAAUAAUCAUUUCCUUAACUUGGCGAGAGAAUUGGAUAUCAUGGAACCGAAAACACCAGAAGAUGUCUACAAAUCUCAUUUGGACAAUUCACGAGCUCCUUUUGGUUCAUCACAAAUCGAUUCAGCUCGACAGAAUUUGGCAGCCAGUUUUGUCAAUGGUUUUGUUAAUGCUGGUUUUGGAAAUGAUAAAUUGUUGAUGGAAGAUGGCAACAAAUGGCUUUACAAGAACAAGGAACAUGGAAUGUUCAGUGCAACUGCAUCACUUGGCUUGAUUCUUUUGUGGGAUGUUGAUGGAGGUUUAACACCAAUUGACAAAUAUUUAUAUUCAUCUGAAGAUCACAUUAAAGCUGGAGCUUUGUUGGCUUGUGGUAUUGUCAACACUGGUGUUCGUAAUGAAGUCGACCCUGCUUUGGCUUUGUUAUCUGAUUAUGUGUUGCACACAAACAGCACAAUGCGAAUUGGUUCGAUUCUCGGUCUUGGACUUGCUUAUGCUGGCUCAAACCGUAAAGAUGUCAUCGAUCUCAUCACACCGGUUUUCAGUGCUGAUAAAAAAGCUGGAACAACCAAUGAAGUGCUUGGGAUUGCAGCGCUUUCACUUGGAAUGAUUGCAGUUGGAUCGUGUAACGCUGAUGUGUCUGAAACACUCACAACAACAAUAAUGGAAAGAACUGAUAGCGAUUUCCGAGAUACUUUCUCUAAAUUUCUUUUCCUUGGAUUGGGUUUGGUUUAUUUAGGACGUCAAGAGUCGGCUGAGGCUGCAAUUGCACUCUUGAGUGUCAUUCCCGAACCACAUAAAUCAACUGCUUCGACAAUGGUUGAAAUUUGCGCUUAUGCUGGAACUGGAAAUGUUCUUAAAAUUCAACACUUGCUUCACAUUUGCAGUGAUCAUUAUGAGCCUUUCACACCUGAUUCUUCAACUGAUAAAAGUAAAACAAAAGAACAAAAUGAACAGCAACAGAAAGAAGAACGAGAGAAAGAUUUAUCACAAUGUCAAGCUGUUGCUGUGUUGGGAAUUGCAUUGAUUGCAUUAGGAGAAGACAUCGGAGCUGAAAUGGCGUUUAGAUCGUUUGGAAAUCUUCUUCGUUAUUGCGAGCCAACCAUUCGUCGUGCUGUUCCACUUGCUCUAGGCUUGAUCUCAGUCUCUAAUCCGAAACUCAAUAUUCUUGAUACGCUGAGUAAAUUCUCUCAUGACAGCGAUGCCGAAGUCGCUCAUAAUGCCAUCUUUGCAAUGGGCUUAGUUGGAGCUGGCACAAACAAUGCUCGUCUUGCUUCAAUGUUACGUCAAUUGGCACAAUAUCAUGCUAAAGAUCCGAAUAAUCUCUUCAUGGUGCGAAUUGCUCAAGGCUUGACACAUUUGGGAAAAGGAACUUUGACUUUGAGUCCUUAUCACAGUGAUCGUCAACUCAUGAGUCCCGUGGCUUUGGCUGGUUUGAUGGCAACUUUAGUUGCAUUUUUAGAUGUCAAAAAUAUUAUUCUCUCGCGUUCACAUUAUUUGCUUUACACAAUGGCCACUGCAAUGCAACCAAGAAUGUUAGUGACAUUCGAUGAGAAUUUGAGUCCAUUAACAGUACCCGUACGAGUUGGAGUUGCUGUUGACGUUGUAGGUCAAGCUGGUAAGCCCAAAACUAUUACCGGCUUUCAAACACACACAACACCCGUGUUACUUGCGAUGGGCGAGCGUGCUGAGUUGGCAACUGAAGAAUAUAUUUCACUUACACCCAUUAUGGAAGGAUUUGUCAUACUUAAGAAGAAUCCAAAUUAUAAGCCGUAAACAUUAAAGUUUUGUAAUUUAACGAAUCACUUCUUUGUCAUUGAACGGAAAUAAAUUAAUUAAAAAAUAAUUUUCAACAAAA